CAGGCGAAGCACCAACGUGGACCAAUGAGAGGCGCGUGGAAAGUGAUGGAAGCGUUUGGAAGGACUGACAGUUAAACAGUGUUUGUUUUCUUCCAGCUGCUGUUGAGCAGGAAUGUUGAGCUGCUCUGACUCCUGACUCCUGGCCUGCUGUUCCCCGUUGCCAUGGCGAUGACUUGCAUCCCAGAAUUUCACAGACUUUCCCUCAGAAUUUUCCUCCUGCUUUCUGCCUCUGUGCUGCUUUGCUCGCAUGUUGUCAGCAUUCACAGCCAGAAGUCUGAAGGAGCUCUGACUGUAGUGGAAAACACAGAUGGAGGAGGAGGAGGAACUGAGGAAGAGGAGGUGGUGACUGUAGAGGAUGAUGACCUGGAGGUGGUCCAACCAAAGGAGGAGUGGCAAACACUCAAACCAGGUCAGGCGGUGCCGGCCGGCUCCCACGUGAGGCUGAAUCUGCAGACGGGUGAGAGGGAGGUGAGAUUGGGGGAGGAGAAGCUGAAAUACUGGACCCAGGAGCACAGAGAGGAAGAAGAAGAAUCUAAGUCCUCCUUCAACUUUGAUGAGCUGAAGAGAGCCAUGAAGAAGAUGAAGGAGGAGCUGAACCUGGCGAGCAAAGACAAGGACCUUCAGGACUCUUUGGCGUCCAGGUUUCGGCCUUUAGAGGAGUUGAAGAAGGACAUGGCUGAACUGGACCUGCUGGUGGAGUCAGACGUUCAGAUAAUGAGGCGAUUGCUGGACCAGCUGAACAGCACCAACACCACCACCGAGCAGAGACUCAGCAUCCUGCUGGAGCUGGAAUAUCUGGUGCAUCAGGUGGACAACGCUCAAACUCUGUGCUCGAUGGGAGGCCUGCAGCUCAUCCUGGACGGGCUGAACAGCUCCGAUUUCAGGCUGCAGGAAAGCUCCGCCUUCGUCCUGGGAUCCGCUCUGUCCAGUAACCCGGUGGUCCAGGUGAAAGCGGUGGAGAACGGCGCUCUGCAGACGCUAUUAACCACGCUGGCCACUGUGCAGCCUGUCAGCGUCAAGAAGAAGGUGCUGUUCGCCGUGGCGUCUCUUCUGCGUCACUUCCCGUUUGCUCAGCAGCACUUCGUCUCUCACGGAGGCCUGCAGGUCCUGUCGGAGCUGUUCAGGGCGGACGUGGGGGGAAUUCUGCAGACGCGCAUCGUCACCAUGCUCUACGAUAUGAUCAGUGAAAAGGAGCUGAUCUCACAGGCAGGUCUGGACUGGGUCCAGGACCCCUCCCACGAGGAGCGCGUGCGUCAGUAUUCCCAGGUGUCCCUGCAGGGGGAGCUGUUGGAGAAGGGCUGGUGCAGUCUGGUGCCGCAGCUGCUGCAGUCCACGGAGCACGACCACAGAGAGAAGGCUCUUCGGGCUUUAUUGGCGAUGGCUCCAGUGUGUUUGGAUCGGUACCGCUCAGACAGCGCCCUGGCGGGCUCUCUCCACUCCCUCAGACUCCAGUACCAGGACAUAAUUCAGUCAGACACUAUUCUCGGGGAGGAGAACGGCUAUUUUAUAGAACUGGUGGAACUCCUAGAUGCUCUGCAGGUCAAACUGAAAUGAACAGAAGAGCGGAUUUGAACUUGACCAGUCAAGAGAGUGCACACAAACACUGCACACAAGUCAAAGACACUGGUGUGCUGGAGAGAAAUGUCAGCUGUCAAUUUUUGAUUUAUAUUUGGGAAGAAAGGCGUUAUUGAGUCUUUAAAAUGAGCUUUAAUGGGCAACAUUUAUGAUUUACUCUCUGCGCAGGCAAGCAUCACACAUGAUAAAGAAAGAAUUUCAUGAUAAAAGUCAUCUCAUAUAUUCAAUUCUUUGGGGCAGUGUUUCUUAUUGUUAAAACAAUAGAAGAAAGGUUAUGAAAUUUUGGCCUGUGCCAACUGUGGGAACUUUUUCGUUUCAUAUUUAAAUUUUUCUUUUUUUUUUUUUAAGUGGUGGUUUAGGUACUGGGAAACUAUCGGGGUGUUUCCUUGCUUUGCCUUGAAGAA